AUAGUUGGCGACCAGACAACACCCAUUAGCCACCGCUCAAAUAGACAUAAGACACUCGAUCCCUCGAUAGCAAUAAUCUCGAAAUUGUUGCUCUAUUAAACGGCCCGUCGCCCACAUAAUCUUGCGAGCUUAGUGGAGGGAGGGAGGGAGGGCGGCCAUGGGAGAAGUAGCGGUUGAAGCAGAUUACAGCUCCGACAUUCCUCUCCACCCUUCCGCUUCCAAAAGACAUGAACAACAAGAGCAUUCCGCCAUUUCCAUCACACCGAGUCCAGAGAUUACAAAGCCGACAAAUCGCCAAACUUACGAGCACAACCCACAAGAAGCUUGGCUUCCGAUCACCGAGUCCAGAAAUGGCAACACCUUUUUCGCUACGUUUCAUAUACUCUGCUCCGGGAUUGGAAUGCAAGCCCUCGUUCUUCCCGUUGCGUUCGCUACGCUCGGAUGGGCAUGGGGCAUCAUAUGUUUGUCGGUAGCAUUUGUGUGGCAGCUCUACACCAUAUGGAUUCUAGUCAGACUACAUGAAUCGGUUGCCGGAAUCCGCUAUAGUAGAUACCUCCACCUUGCAAUGGCUGCGUUUGGUCCAAAGGUAGGGAAAUUGCUGGCCAUUUUUCCUAUAAUGUACUUAUCGGGGGGCUCGUGUGCCAUGCUGAUUAUCAUAGGCGGUGGGACCAUGCAACUCUUCUUCAAAACCAUGUGUCAGGGUGACGCCACGUGUCUUGCCAGGUCAUUGAGCGGGACAGAGUGGUUCUUGGUGUUCACCUGCGUAGCGAUUCUUAUAGCUCAAAUGCCCAACCUCAACUCCAUAGCUGGGACGUCUCUGAUCGGGGCCAUCACGGGCGUCGGAUUUUGUACUCUGAUUUGGGUUCUCUCAAUCAACAAGGGUAGGCCCAGCGGGGUGUCCUACAGUCCAUCUGACGUGGUGAAAUCUGACAUGGGCAAAAUUAGUAGAAUUCUUAAUGCUCUUGGGAUCAUUGCUCUUGUUUUCAGAGGUCAUAAUGUUGUCCUCGAGAUACAGGGAACAUUGCCUUCAAGUUCAAAACACCCUUCCUAUAAGCGAAUGUGGAAGGGAGUGAUAGUAUCAUAUAUACUGAUUGCCAUGUGCCAAUUUCCCCUCGCAAUCGCUGGAUUUUGGGCUUAUGGAAACCAGAUACCUUAUAAUGGAGGAUUGUUGAGUACCUUUUCGCGAGUCCACGGGCGCAGCACAUCGAAGGUGAUGAUGGGCUUAAUUUACGCACUAGUAAUUGUGAGCUGCUUAUGCACAUUCCAAGUCUACGCGAUGCCAGUUUUUGACAAUUUGGAAAUCAGAUACACAAGCAAGAAACAGCAGCCGUGCCCAAGGUGGGUUCGCACAUGCCUACGCAUCUUCUUUGGAGGGCUGGCUUUCUUUAUAGCAGUGGCUUUUCCAUUCUUAGGAAGCCUGGCUCCUCUUGUUGGAGGGAUCACGUUGCCUUUGACGCUUGCUUAUCCAUGUUUCAUGUGGAUCUCACUCAAGAAACCCCGCCCAAAUGGUGCUUCCUGGUCUCUAAACUUGGGGCUCGGUUGCUUUGGCAUUGUUUUCAGUGUUCUGUUAGUUGUUGCAGCGGCCUGGACUUUAGCUGACAAAGGCUUAAAUGCAAACUUCUUCAAGCCUUAAUUGAUGGCUGAGAAAUUAAAGAAACAAAUAACCAUUUUGAAAGUGGUUUCAAUCUUGUUAAUUAGAGCUGUAUGUAUCUAUGAAGUUGAUGGGCUCAUUU